AUGGGAGCGAAACCCACUGUUUUGGUGGCCGACGCGGACUUAGCAAAAGACAUACAGAUUAAGGACUUUCACAACUUCACGGACAGAGCGAACCUCAAACUAAAAGGCGGUCCGUUUACUGAACCACUCUUUGACCAAACAUUUCUUAUUCUUCGGGGAAAGCAAUGGAAAAAAGUGAGAAGUGUUUCGACUCCGACUUUCAGCGCAUCCAAACUCAAGACAAUGACACCCAUUAUAGACGACGCCUUCAAUAACUUCAUUGAUAUAAUCGACAACAGAUCCAAAACUGGCGUAGAGUUUGAUAUUUACGACAUUAGAUUUUAUGGAUUGUGUUUUGAAAGAAACGCUCAGAUUUUAUCCGCCAAUGCCCGAGAAUGUCGUGAAGACUAUAAACUCAACGAUACUAUUGUUAUACCAAAAGGCAGUUCAGUUGUGGUUGACGUCCAUUAUUUGCAUCACUCGCCCGACUACUGGUCUGAACCCGAAGUCUUCGAUCCCAUGAGGUUUAGCGCCGACCGAAAGCACGAGAUUUACCCGAAUUCGUGGCAACCCUUCGGAAGUGGUCCACGAAAUUGCAUUGGAAUGCGAUUCGCAUUACUUGUGGUGAAGCUAUCGUUGGCUAAACUUCUUCUCAAUUACCGACUAAUUAGUGGUGCGAAGACUGAAACCGCAAAUCUCUCGCUCACGACUACUAUAUUUACCCAAAGCCCUAGAAAUGGCAUUUUCUUAAAAGUCACCAAACUUUAG